AUGGUCACCAAAGACAAAAAACGCGGCUUGAUCAUCGUCUCCAAUCGUCUGCCUCUCUCCCUCAAAAAGAUCGACGAUUCUUUCGAGUCGACUCUCUCCAGCGGUGGACUCGUCACGGCGCUGUCCGGCUUAACCAACCCGACGACUUUCAAAUGGUUCGGCUGGCCAGGCAUCAACCUCCCUGAUCCUGAGGAGCAGAAGAAAGCGGCAGAAUCGCUCGCAGAGAAGGGAGUGAAGGGGGUGUUCCUGGACGAACAGCUGGCCCGCGCGCAUUACAAUGGAUUCUCCAAUUCCAUCCUCUGGCCCAUCUUGCAUUACCAAUCCGGUGUCGACUUUCAGGAAGAGCCCUGGAAGGCCUAUCAGCGCGUCAACGAGAUCUUCGCCGAUACCGUGGCCAGCGAGGCCGAAGAUGGGGACCUGAUCUGGGUCCACGAUUACCAUCUGAUGCUCUUCCCCGAACUCCUUCGCCACCGCCUCAAGAAACAGGGCAAGAACUGUCCCAUCGGAUUUACCCUGCAUACCCCGUUUCCGGCGGGCGACUUCUGGCGCGCCUUACCCGUGGAGAAGGAUCUGUUGAGCGGACUGCUGGCGUGCGAUGUGAUCGGCUUUCAUACCGAGGAGUACAAGCGCAAUUUCGCCGAGGCUUGCGAGCAGAGUUUGGCCCAAGUGGGCGUCUUUAUUGUGGGCAUCGAUCCGGAAAAGUUUGACAGCGCCCUGAAGGACGACGAGGUCAUCAAGCGCAUUCAGGAGCUCGAGCAGCAGUACAAGGAUAAGACCGUCAUUGUGGGUGUCGACCGCCUCGACUACACCAAGGGCCUCGUGCAGAAGCUGCAGGGAUACGAUAAGUUUCUGAAUGAGCACCCGGACCUGAAGAAUAAGGUUGUUCUGAUCCAGGUGGCCGUUCCCAGUCGCGAGGAUGUCAAGGAGUAUCAGGAGCUCGAGACGGAGAUUUCCACCCUGGUGGGGAAGAUCUGCGGCAAUCAUGCGACCCCGGAAGGCGUCCCACUGAUCUACAUCCACCGCUCCGUCGCAUUCCCCGAGCUAACGGCGCUGUACUGUAUCUCCAAAGCCUGUCUGAUCACAUCUCGUCGCGAGGGCAUGAACCUCGUGGCGUCCGAGUACGUGGCCUGCCAGGAGGGUCGCUGGGGCGUGCUUAUGCUGUCCGAGCUGGCCGGCGCGGCGUCCUUUAUGCACCACGGGAGUGUCACCUUCCAUCCGUCCAGUUCGCACGAGCUGUCCAAUGCCAUCUACCAGGCCGUGACGAUGGACGAAGAGGAGAAGAAGCAGCGAUAUCAGUCGCUGCGGGAAUUCAUCGACACCCAUACCAGUGCCGAAUGGGGUGAGACUUUUGUCGACACACUAUCUCGGUACGCGCGGUCUUCGUGA